UUGUAAACUGGUAGAUGUUGAAUAUGAUAUGAAGAACCAAGUGAAGACGAAAUCAGCGACCAAAGUAUUGGUGAGGAAACUGAGGACGACGGUGAAUCRAAAGUUAGUGAUUCUUGRAGAAGACGAUGAUAAGUCAGUAGAGCACAGUUGGUCGGCUCUCGUAGGAGAAGCUACAGAUCGUCAUCAGGAAGAGUUAGAGGGUCAAAUUGAAAACUACMUGCAUGAAGGAWAAAGCGAAGAAAGUGCUGCAGUCAAAGCGCAUAACAGUAUGUUACCAGUCUUUAGAAAGGAGCUGARAAAUGUUUUGUUGRAAAAGUUGGAAUGGAUGCGCACGCUGAAGAAAGACCCGUAUUUUCGAAAAAUCAUGAAAACUAGACACGAACUCAKGGAUGACUUUGACUGGAAAGAGGCGACACAAGAUGCGAUUCAACAGCGUAAACAUCUGCUAAACAAUUUAUUUCGACCAAUUAAAAAUGACGAGACAGAUGAAGAGGAAGAUUUGUUGCGAUAUAUAUAUAUUAUAACACAGCAAAGUUGAACUUACACUGAGGUUAUCCGGCAUCCUCCCAUAACA